UUAGCCUUCUCUCUGACAGAGCUCUGAUGCCACAAUAAACUACAGUUCCCAGGAUCCCCUAGCACUGAGCCAGGGCAGUUAAAGCGGUCUCAAAGUGGACCCCAGCUUUUUUGUGGCAUAAGCUUUCUUGGAGAAAAGGUCCAUUUUAUAGGCCAGAGAUCUAAAUGCUGCUGUUAGUCCUGACCAGAGGACUCAAGAUGGCUCACAGCAAAUUAAAAAUCAUAUGCAUGAAAUGUACUCUGGUGCCACAACCAACUACAGUUCCCAGAAUGCCAUAGCAUUGAGCCAGAGCAGUAAAAGUGGUGUCAAACUGAAAUAUUUCUGUGGUGUGGAUGAAGCAAGAGAGGGUGGUGGCAAGAACUGACAGAGUUUCCUGUUGCAUACUACAACAAGUUCUGUGGAGACACAGAACCCUGUGGAACCAGGUCAGUGGGAAGGAGCUUUUGUGGUUUAAAAGGUACAGGUACAUGGAAGGCAUAGAAACUGCCUCGCCUAUUUAAGCUGGAAAGGAGGAGCCAUAGAUUGCACAAGUGUUGGGUUUCACUCUGCCAAGUGCUUCCUUCUGUACACCACACCUAUUUUAUCAGCGACACUUAAUGGAAUACUGAAGUGAAAGCCAGCAUGUUACCAGGAAACAGCAAAGUCCUCUCAAAUGUGGAUGGUACGUGCCGCUGUUCAAAACUCACCAAUGCUGAGACUGUGUAUCUUCACCUGCUUCUUGGCAGUAAAAGCAGAUGUAGAACAAGAAUGUCCUAAAUUUACUGAUUUAAAUAUAGGUAAUGCGUUGAUUGGUACAAAUCUGAAAGUGCAAAUACUUCUGUAUACAAGGAGAAAUCCAAACUGUGCUGAGAGUUUCAGUGACCGUGAUGACUACAAUCUAACAGCAUCUAUACAUCUAAAUGUGACCAAGAAAACGAUAAUUAUUAUCCAUGGCUACAGACCCACAGGAGCUCCACCAGUGUGGAUUGACAAAAUUAAAGAUCUACUGCUUGAAAGAGAAAAUGUCAACAUCAUAAUAGUGGAUUGGAAUCGGGGUGCCACAACAAUGAAUUAUCCUAGCGCUGUUUCAAAUGCCAAGAAAUUGGUAGAUAUCUUGAAGAAUAUGAUUGACCAAAUGCGGGAAAAUGGAGCAUCUCUCGACUCUAUUUAUAUGAUUGGAGUAAGCCUUGGUGCUCAUGUAGCAGGAUUUGUUGGAAAGGCAUACAAUGGCAAAAUUGGGAGAAUUACAGGUCUUGAUCCAGCAGGACCAUCAUUUACUGGAAAGUUGCCCCAUGAAAGAUUGGAUUACAGUGAUGCACAGUUUGUUGAUGUUAUUCAUACUGAUAUUGAUGCUUUGGGCUACAGGAAACCUUUGGGAAACAUUGAUUUCUAUCCAAAUGGAGGAACAGAUCAACCUGGAUGUCCAAAAACAAUACUUGGUGGAAUAGCUCAUUAUUUCAAGUGCGAUCAUCAAAGAUCUGUUUUUUUGUAUAUGUCAUCUUUGGAAGACAACUGUAAUGUAACUGCAUACCCUUGCGAUUCAUAUGUAGAUUAUAGGAAUGGAAAAUGUGUGAGCUGUGAAGCUUUUCAUCCACUUCCAUGCCCAGUUCUUGGUUAUUAUGCUGAUAAAUGGAAGGAGCGUUUAAUUGAAAAGAACCCUCCUGUGACAACAGCAUACUUUGACACUUCUGACAAAGACCCAUUCUGUAUGUAUCAUUACUUUGUGGAUAUUAUUAUCUGGAACAAAAUCAGUAGGGAAGGUUUCAUAAAAAUCAAAAUAACAGAUAAUGCGGGAAACACAACAGAAUCCAAAAUUAAUAGUGAUGCAGCUGCAUUUCACCAAUAUAAACAAGCCAAGAUACUUGCUGGAUUCUACCCAGAUUUUGACAAUAUAUCAAAAAUUGCCUUGACAUACUCAACCAGCAAUACAGUUGGCCCAAAGUACAAGCUUAGGGUCCUAGAAAUGAGAUUAAAGUCUCUUUCAAAUUCUGAAAGGAUUCAGCUAUGUAGAUAUGAUUUCACAUUGCUUGAAAAUAUCGAAACAACCUUUAAACCUAUUCCAUGCCAUGACAUCAUUGAGUGAAACAGUAACUUCUUUUAAGGAUAAAUUUUCAGACAGAAAUGGCAUUAAGUUAACCUGGCUCUCUUGAGAAACGCUAAAGUUGCAAAAAAUUAUUUCUCUCUUUGAGGAUCACAGAAUGAACUUCUGCAAGAAAUUCAGCUAUAUCCAGCAUGUUAAGAUACAUAUCAUAUCCAUAAUCAGUUUCUGAUUAGCAAGAAGUGUAUCAAUGCUGUGAAUCAUCUUUUUAUAGACUUUUCAGUCUUGCAAGUAGUUCCAUUGAAUUUAACCAUAAUGACAGUUUGAUCUCUAUAUGUAGGAUCAGAACUCAUAAAAACUUGAAUUUUUCCUCAGUACCUUUGGAAAUAUGUAGCUCUGUUUAAUGUGAAUUUGAAUGGUCAGUAACUCAGGAGGCAAAAGUCCUUUUCAGGUGUGACUAAGCAUGCACAGGACCAAAUGUGAUUACCAAGCCCUCUUCAUUUGCUUGUGCUCAAUGCACUAAGAACUAACUAACUUCUGAUUUCUCAGGGAUAUGUGGGGCUGGGGUUAAAUAUCUACUGAUAUGCCUGCUCCCAGUUUUAAUUCUGUGUUUUCAGGUGAACACUUCAACAUGACUAAGCUAAUUUGUGCCAUCCUUUUGAAAAGUAUAGAACAGAAAUAAUCCAAGUUGACACAAUUUUUAACUUCCAUGGCUCAAUGCUAUGGGAUUCUGAGAUUUGUCGUUUUUUAUAUUUAGCUUUCUCUGACAGAGUGCUCUGGUGGCAUAACAAACUACCAAAUGCAGAAUUCCAUAGCUUUGAGCCAUAGUAAUUAAAGUGGUGCCAAACGGGAUUAUUUCUGCAGUGUGGGUGAAGCCUAAAUAAGGUUAUUGAAUGAAGUUGGUAGUAAGUGUUGCAUCAAACAAAUGUUUCUUUAACUGGGUAAGAAAGAAAAAUCUAUAACUUCAUUCAGACAUUUGUCAUUUGAUAACUAUCCAGGACAUGUAGACUAUUCCCACCCCAUAGAGGCUGACACACCUGCAAGUUAUGUCCCCUGGCCAACCAUGCAUCAGUUGGGGAACAUAACUGAUAUGCACAUUAGUGACUAUGUAGCAGGACUAGAUCGUGUUUUCUGAACAGCCACUUCAUGCAUUUGACACCCAUUGAUGCCAAACAAAUCUUACACAUUUUGCUUAGAAAAAGGAACAAUAGGAGGAGGUAUACCAAGUUAUGCUCCUGGAGAAAGUGGAUGGGAAGAUGGUAUUCUCUUUCUGUCAUAAUCCUAGAACUCAGGGUCAGUCACAAACUGAAUGGCGAGUAUCAAGGCAGAUGAAGAUAAGUGCUUCUUACACAGUGCAUUGUUAAAACAAGGAACUUGUUACUGCAAGAUGUUAUGAUGGCUGUCAAUUUGGAGAGUUUUAAAGAGGAAUUGGACAAACUGAUAAGGUUAUUGAGCAGUGAUUAGUCAUGAUCAAUGUACAUUCCUUCCAGUACCAGGUGCAGAGUGCCUCUGUAUAUCACUUGCUAGUGAAUAUAAGACGGCACAGUUGCACUUACCAUCCUACUGUGGACAUCUAGUUAUUACUGAAUGAACAAAGCCUUUGCUCUAAUCUUCCAUAUGGCUCUUCUUACGUUCGAUGUUAUGUUCUUUUAUCAACCCUGACCCAAGAAAUGUUGAUUCAAAAAUGUGUCUAUGAAAUUCAGCAGAACAUAUUUUCUUACAGGUUAUGCUUAGUGGUAUGACCUUGUUUGCCAUUAUUACCACUGUCAUUUUGGCCUGUAAAUAUUAUUUUUAUAUGCAUUUAAUAAAUAUUUGUUUAUUGAAA